AUGUCGGGACCCUCCGUCUGCCGGGCGCGCCCCGCCACUGCCGCCGCCCAUCAUCCGGCCUCGGGGCGCGCCGGGGUUUCAUCUGCUCCUGGGGGCUCCAGGGGAAGCUUCACGGAGCUGCAGGGCCCCGAUCCCCUGAAUUGCACAAAGCAGCAACACCCGGAGAGGAGGAAGCAGGAGGGAAAUACCCGCCCCCAUCCAAGGCUCAACCCCCGGAGGGAUUUAAGAACCCCCACCCCGAGCAACCCCAGCGGUGAUGGUAGCAGCCCAUUUUGUGCCACCAUGGUCACAGCUGGGCUCUUCAUCCUCAGCCUGGGAGGCUCCAUCCUGCUCCCAGCUCUGGCCACGGCAGGCACCCAGCGGAGCCAGAUCAUCGGGGGAAAGGCAGUAGCACCCCAUUCCCGGCCCUUCAUUGCCUCCAUCCAGAUGGACGGGCAGCAUGUCUGCGGGGGCUUCCUGGUGUGGCCCAAGUGGGUGAUGACAGCUGCCCACUGCCUCAUACCCAGGCGCAGCCCCUCCAUACGCGUGGUGCUGGGAGCCCACCGGCUGCAGGAGCCCGAGGAAUCCCAGCAGAUCUUCAGCGUGGCCGAGUCCAUCGCCCACCCACUCUACACCCCCGGUGCCGCGGACAACGACAUCCGCCUGCUCCAGCUGGACAGGCCAGCCACGCUGAACAAGUACGUGAAGCGCAUCCGCCUGCCCUCGCCGCACAUCGACCUGAAGCCCGGCACUGUCUGCUACGUGCUGGGCUGGGGGGACAUCUCCAACUCUGGAGACGAGCCCACCGAGCUGAUGGAGACCAACACCACCAUUGUCAAGCGGAGCCUGUGCCGGACGCUGUGGAGGGGAAAGGUCUCGGCCAACAUGCUGUGCGGGGCCAGCCGCAACGCCACGCUGCAGGGCGUCUGUACCGGUGACUCCGGGGGACCCCUGGUCUUCAAGGACAAGGUUUAUGGCAUCGUCUCCUUCUCUGGGGAGAGAUGUGGGGACCGCCGGUUCCCCGACAUCUACACCAAGAUCUCCAACUACAUUGACUGGGUGCACCACAUUGUGCGAGGGUUCCGCCAUCAGAAGGGGUGGGUGAAGCCCCAGUGUGGUUGGGAGUCCUGGGGACAGGAAGGCUGUGGGAAGAGGGGCCAAGAUAUCUCAUGGGAAGGGAGAAAAGGGAGAGAGGAAAACACAUCCUCCAGCUUUGGAGGGGCUGGCAGCUGAUUCUCAGGGCUCCCUGAGCCCCCCUCUGCCCAUUUGCAAGGGGUGUUAUGUACCCCCCAGGCUACACUAGAAGCUCCUCGUAUAUCCUCUCGUGGUGACAACAUUUGCCUUCCUCAA